CAAACCCCUCUUCGACAACAAAUAUAAAUACGCGCGAUCCAUUUUCAAUCAGCGUCAGUUAUCGCAAUCCCUACGAACAUCAACAACUUCGAUCCAUUACAAUAUGAAGGCCGCAGCAGCAAUUAUCCUGGUGAUAGUUUCCAUGGCAGCAGCAGAACCACCAAGAGGAGUUGCUCCAUACUCUGCAAGUGGAUGGCAACCGAGUGGACCAGCUUUCAGACUACCAGAAAGGUCCCAACAAUCACAAGCACAUCCAACGAUGUAUGGGGCUCCUUCACAAGAAUAUGGACCAGCAACUCAGAACGAACCAACCACCACAGAAGCUCCAACUACUACUGAAGCAACAACGGAGAAAAUAGCUCAACAAUCACAGGCUGAAACCUUGCCAGCAAAGAACCAAAAGCUCCAAUCUGCCAACGGUCAAAGCAGCCCUGACACAGUUCGACCAAGCCAAGUCUACGUGGUGAUUCCUCAAGCCCAAAGGCUGCUUUAUGCAGCACCUCUUGCAGCUUCCGUUCCAGAGAAACUCGUCCAGAAACCCAGUGCUGUACCGAUCCAAGCGGUACCAGCUCUGGCCAAGAUUCAAGCUCCUGAAACGCCAGUUUUCGUCGAACAGUAUCCGCAAGUGGUGCGGUACCAGCAGCUUCAAGUGGUACCCUCUGUACAGGCUUAUGCUGCUGCUUUGACUCAAUCUCCAGUGUUUACUCCUUACAGUUCGUCAUUUGUUCAGAUUUAUCAGUGA